AUGCAGGUGGCGUUGUACCGCUCCUUCCCGACUCGCCUCCUCUCUCGGGCCUGGGGUCGUCUGAAUGGGGUGGAGCUCCCCACCUGGCUCCGGAAACCCGUGUACUCUCUCUACAUCUGGACCUUCGGGGUCAACAUGCAGACCCCCAGAACCCCCUGGGACACUCACACCUGUAACCUAAGACCAGUGAGGCCUGUAACACAAGUGAGGACUGUAAGACCAGUGAGGCCUGUAACACAAGUGAGGCCUGUAAGACCAGUAAGACCAGUGAGACAUAAGACCUGUAAGACCAGUGAGGCCUGUAACACAAGUGAGACCUGUAACACAAGUGAGGCCUGUAAGACCAGUGAGACCUGUAACACAAGUGAGGCCUGUAAGACCAGUGAGGCCUGUGAGACCAGUGAGGCCUGUAACACAAGUGAGGCCUGUAAGACCAGUGAGGCCUGUAACACAAGUGAGGCCUGUAACACAAGUGAGGACUGUAAGACCAGUGAGGCCUGUAACACAAGUGAGGCCUGUAAGACCAGUGAGGCCUGUAACACAAGUGAGGACUGUAAGACCAGUGAGGCCUGUAACACCAGUGAGGCCUGUAACACAAGUGAGGACUGUAAGACCAGUGAGGCCUGUAACACAAGUGAGGCCUGUAACACAAGUGAGGACUGUAAGACCAGUAAGACCAGUGAGACAUAAGACCUGUAAGACCAGUGAGGCCUGUAACACAAGUGAGGCCUGUAAGACCAGUAAGACCAGUGAGAC